AUGGCCACCGUGGAUGUUCAGCAACCUGUUGUUCCACCAACACUCCCUAACGUCGAAUUGAAAGAAACGCCCCAGCGAAAGACCAACGACAUCUAUCACGGACUCACCUCAAGAUGGCCCGUCGCUCUCGAUCUCGCAGGAGGAGGUGCACCUUGCCGUCUAGAGGGUGAAGUAGGCGAUCUGGUCGUCUUGGGCGAGAUUCCAAAAGAGCUAAAUGGCACCUUUUACCGCGUCAUGACGGACCCAUUUGUCCCGCCCCACCCCAACAAUGUUCCCCUUGAUGGAGACGGUCAUAUUUCUGCCUUUAGAUUCCAUGAUGGAAGAGUGGAUAUGAAGUUGAAGUAUGUUGAGACGGAGCGCUAUUUGAUUGAACGCCGAGCCAACAGGGCCAUGUUUGGGCUUUACCGCAACCCUUAUACCCAUCACCCAUGUGUGCGGGCCGCAGUCGACUCAACCGCAAACACAAACCUUGUUCUUUGGGCAGGUCAUCUGCUGGCACUCAAGGAAGGAGGCCUACCUUACUCAGUGGACCCUAAUACACUCGAGACUGGAGUAUAUGAUCCCUUUGGCCAAGUCAAGUCCAAAACAUUUACCGCACACCCCAAGGUGGACCCAUAUACGGAUGAGCUGGUCGUCUUUGGUUACGAAGCAAAGGGUCUUGCGACAAAAGACAUUGUCGUGUACACGCUGGAUAAGGAGGGAAAGAAGAAGGAUGAGCAAUGGAUCCAAGGUCCUUGGGUUGCUGCAAUCCAUGAUUGUGCAAUCACCCCAAACUGGUUAAUUCUUGUGCUAUGGCCCUUUGAAGCCGACGUCGAACGAAUGAAACGCGGAGGUCAGCACUGGGCAUGGAACUACGACCGCCCCGCAACUUUCGUAGUCAUACCACGGAGAAAGACCACCAAACUUCCGCCUGGCUGGAAGGAAGGCGAGUGGAGGGUGUACCCAUGGGAAAACUGUAUGCUCGUGCACACCGCAGGCGCAUGGGAAGACGAAAACCACAAACUCUACAUCGAAACCUCUCGCGUCCACGACAACGCAUUUCCCUUCUUCCCUCCCGACGACGGCAGAAUGCCCGCACCCGACGCAAAAGCCGAUUUCGUACGUUGGGAACUUGACCUCACCAAGCCAACCGACACUCGCCUUCCCGAUCCCGAAAUCAUCGUCGAUGUCCCCUGCGAGUUCCCCCGCAUCGACGAGCGCUUCAACACCAAACCCUACCGCUACAUCUUCCUCGACGCCUUUAUGCCUUCGCGCUCUGACGGUGGCAAAAACAUAUUCCAUGGCCUCAACGCCCUGGCUAUGAAAGACACCCAAACAGGCAGUAUGCGCUUCUUCUACGCGGGUGACGGCUCCCUAGUCCAAGAACCAGCCUUCAUCCCCCGCUCCGACGAUGCUCCUGAAGGCGAUGGAUGGGUUGUAGCGAUGGUGGAGAGGAGAGAGACGAACAAGAAUGAUAUUGUCGUGCUAGAUACGAGGGAGUUCGAGAAGCCGGUUGCGAUUGUCCAGUUACCGAUUCAUGUCAAGGCGCAGGUGCAUGGAAAUUGGGUCGACGCGGCGAGUUUGGAGCAGAAGAGCUUGGUGAGGGAGCCAAGGCCGGUGAAGGUUAGUGGCAAGGGGGCGCUGGAGCCCAUUGAGUAG